AUGGGCUGUGUAUGGGUUGAGGGCCUGGCGUUCAGCUCAACACUGCCUACCGUUCCCUUCACUACUACUGAAUGUGAGUCAGUCAAUGAGGGAGAGAGGGAGAGAGGGAGGGAGAGAGAGNUCUACAUCAAGAAUGGCCAGGGAUUUGUGGUCGUCUACUCCAUCACUAAUCACCAGACCUUCCAAGACGUGAAGAAUAUGAAGGAACAGAUCGUACGGGUGAAGGGCACGGAUCGGGUGCCCAUACUUCUGGUGGGCAAUAAGCUGGACAUUGAACACCAACGAGAGGUGACCACCGGAGAGGGCAUAGCCUUGGCUCAGGUCUGGUCGUCGCCAUUCAUGGAGGCCUCGGCUAAGAGUCGGAUCAAUGUUAACGAAGUGUUCGCCGAAAUCGUACGCGAAAUGAGCUUCAAUUCGGUUAAAGAGAAACCCAAUUAUUGCUGCAAUUUGUGUGGCUUUCACUGUAAUAUACUUUGA